AUGGCUGGAUGUUCAGCAACCGUGUCCAAGCCCGCGUUGGGUGUCGCCCCUGAGAAUGCCACCGACCAUCAUGUUAGGGAUUCCAAGGGUGAACUCAUCGGGUUCCAGAACCCCCACCCGUCUGCCGGCGUCCUGCGCAACACUCUGCAGACACUAGGGAAGAUGUUCUUGUCGAGACUUCAGGGGAAAAUGCCAGCUCCCGACUUGUCAAAUGUUCACAUUCCUGUCAUCAAGCCUCACUUCCUUGAAGACAAGUCUCAAACGCAAAGCAGGAGCAACGACACCAAGGCCCUGCGCGCCACCUGGCUCGGCCACGCAUGCUAUUACGUCGAGUACCCCAACGGUCUGCGCGUGCUCUUCGAUCCUGUCUUUGAAGAUCGCUGUGCGCCCAGCCGCUUCGUCGGUCCCAAGCGGUACACUCAGCCGCCGUGCACGCUGGCCGACAUUCCCAAGCUGGAUGCCAUUGUCAUUUCGCACUCGCACUAUGACCACCUGUCGGAGCCGACCGUGCGCGAGCUCGCCAAGCACAACCCGGAAGCGCACUUCUUUGUCGGCCUGGGACUGGCGAGCUGGUUCCGCGACACGGGUAUCGACAAGGUGACGGAGAUGGACUGGUGGGAGGAUGCCACACUGACCAUCAAGAAGCCUAUCAUCACUGCCGACGGCAAGGAGACGGUUGAAGAGAUCGAUGCGCAGAUAUCGUGCCUGCCAUGCCAGCACUCGUCAGCCCGCACCGGCUGGGACAAGGACACUACCCUUUGGUGCUCCUUCGCCAUCAAGUCAGGCGGCAAGUCCGUCUGUGUACGACUCGCUGCCCGCUGCCCCCAUUUCAAGCACAUCGGCGAGCUGCGCGGGCCGUUCGACUUGGGUUUGAUUCCCAUCGGCGCGUACAAGCCCAGGUGGAUGUGGAGCGGCUUGCACUCGAACCCGUAUGAUGCGGUAGAGAUCUUCAAGGACACCAAGUGCGAGAAGGCCAUGGCGAUCCAUUGGGGCACGUGGGUGUUGACCAUUGAGGAGGUGGAGGAGCCGCCCAAGUUGUUGAAGGAGGCGAUGAAGACGAGUGGGAUGCCGGAGACGGGGGUGUUUGAUACCUGUGCCAUUGGCGAGACCAAGGAGUUUUGA